UCUUUUUACACGAGCKGUUGUUGAUUGUGGCUGAGCGACAAAGUACGUCGAACAAAAAAACAACGUAAAACAUGUCCACCGAAGUCGCACAGUGUCCAAAUAACCUUAACUUAAAAGGAAAAGAACGGAAAUGGAUUCGACCCGACUUGGUUUCUAAAUGUACCUGGCAUUUGGGAGCAAAACUGUCUGAUUCUCCUCACGCUCACAUAAAUAUCAGAGAGCCAUCUACAAAGAUUAUGCCAAAUAUCUUGCAAAAGAUUGGAGAUACUCCGUUAGUGCGAAUAAACAAUGUUGGAAAAAGUUGUGGCUUGAAAUGCGAAUUGCUGGCUAAAUGCGAGUUCUUUAAUGCUGGAGGUUCGGUUAAAGAUCGUAUUGGUCUAAGGAUGAUCGAAGAAGCUGAGAAAGAUGGCAAACUGAAACCUGGAGAUACUUUGAUUGAACCAACUUCAGGAAAUACUGGAAUUGGACUAGCUCUUGCUGCUGCAGUCAAGGGUUACCGAUGCAUCAUUGUCAUGCCUGAAAAGAUGAGUAAAGAAAAGGUUGAUGUUCUCAGAGCUCUUGGUGCAGAGAUAGUCAGAACUCCAACUGAGGCAAAGUUUGACUCUCCAGAAUCUCACAUUGGAGUUGCACAAAAGCUGAAUUGUGAAAUCCCAAACUCRCAUAUUUUGGAUCAGUAUCGUAACCCUGGUAACCCUCUGGCCCAUUAUGAUUCUACUGCUGAAGAAAUUUUACAGCAAUGUGAUGGUAAAGUUGAUAUGGUAGUGCUAGGAGCUGGUACUGGUGGUACUAUCACAGGUAUUGCCAGGAAAUUGAAAACUAAAUGUCCUAAUGUCAAGGUGGUAGGUGUUGAUCCAUUUGGGUCUAUUCUUGCCGAACCAGACCAUCUCAAUGAAACUGAUGUUACCACCUAUCAUGUUGAAGGUAUUGGUUAUGACUUUGUUCCUACCGUUCUUGACCGUUCUGUUGUGGAUGAAUGGCUCAAAGUGGGUGACAAAGAAGCAUUUGCAAUGUCCAGGAARUUGAUCAGAGAAGAAGGACUGUUGUGUGGUGGAUCUAGUGGAAGUGCAAUGAGUGCUGCUCUACAAGCUGCAAAGUCACUUGGUGAAGGUCAACGUUGUGUUGUUAUUCUGCCUGAUUCUGUUAGGAAUUACAUGACCAAGUUUUUGAGUGAUGACUGGAUGGAGGAGCAUGACUUUAUUGAGCCCGCCAGCCAUGGCAUAAACAGCAAAUUUAGGUGGUGGAAAAAAAAGAUCAGUUCUCUCAACCUACAGUCACCUUUAACUGUGCUGCCAUCAAUCACUUGUCAAGGAUGCAUUGAUAUCAUGAGCAAGGAAGGUUAUGAUCAAAUUCCUGUUGUAGACCAAACUGGGGCUGUUUUGGGUAUGAUUACCCUUGGYAAUAUCAUGUCUCAAAUUGUAGCAGGGCGAAUGAAGCCAACAGACAAUGUGUCACAAUGCAUUUACAAAAAUUUCAAGAAGGUCACUUUGGACACAGAACUGGGAAAGCUAUCACGCAUACUUGACAUAGACCACUAUGCACUGGUUGUGCAUUCCCAACGAGUCUAUGAGGAAAAUUCAGUAAUGAAAGAAAAAGAAAUGAUCUUUGGAAUUGUUACAAGAGUUGAUUUGCUCAGCUACAUUACCCACGCUGAAGCCAUGUCACCACACUAAUAUUGUCCCAGCCCUCCCUGAACAAAUAAGAUCCAACAUCUACCAUUACUGACAGAGAGAAAUCUAGUCACGAACUUGACAAUAAUUUCAAUAUGGAAAUGACAUACACAAUAGUCUCAUCUAAGUUAUAACUCUAUUUUAUUGUUUUUAAGUAUCAUUUUGCCCCGCACAUGUUGGUUUUCCAAUAAUCCAUUGCACAUCCCGACCCUUUGUGAAUUGUUGUCAAUGUCACACAAGUAAUAUCAAUUUGGAUUGGACUAAAAUUAAUGUUGCUUUCAAGCAAAGCUAAAAAGUAAAAUAUACUACUUUCUAGAGUGCAUGCAAACUAUGUAAAUACUUGAAAUAAAAGCAAGUUGUUAGUGAGACAUCAA